UAUGGAAAUAAACAUUUUCGGGAGAUGAAGCCUGAGACGAAGCCGACACCAACUUAAACAAAAUAAAAUCUAUUAAUGCAUUAAAAUGUUCUAUGAACACAUUAUUUUGGCCAAGAAAGGCCCGUUGGCUAGAAUCUGGUUAGCUGCACAUUGGGACAAAAAGAUUACAAAAGCCCAUGUGUUUGAAACUAACAUUGAAAAAUCGGUUGAAGGCAUUUUGCAGCCUAAAGUAAAAUUGGCGCUAAGGACGUCUGGCCACUUGCUGCUGGGAGUUGUGCGCAUUUAUUCAAGAAAAGCUAAAUAUUUAUUAGCUGAUUGCAAUGAAGCAUUUGUUAAGAUUAAGAUGGCUUUUCGACCAGGCAUGGUCGACCUACCAGAAGGUCACAGAGAAGCGAAUGUUAAUGCGAUAACCCUGCCUGAAGUUUUUCAUGACUUUGAUACUGCGUUGCCCGAACUAAACGAUAUAGAUAUUGAAGCACAAUUUUCUAUUAACCAAUCCAGAGCAGACGAAAUAACAAUGAGAGAAGAUUACGGCAGCUUGUCGCUCUCCCUUCAGGAUGACGGCUUUGGUGAUAUUGGUUUUGAAGCAGAAACGCCAGAAAUUAUGCGAGGAUCCAUACCGUCAAAUAUCAAUGAAAAACUUUUUGAUAGUAACGUUUUGGAAAUCGAGACGCUGGGUCCCCAAGCAACCGAGGACCAGGCAGAUAUAUCCGGGGCUCGCUUAGACGGUGAUGGAUUUGGAGAUUCCUUUGGCCAACCAGAACUUUUCGAAGAUGACCUUUUCGGUGAACCUUCUCAGCCAGUUGAGCAGAUUGCUAAGGAACCUACAGCAAUUAUAAUCGCAGAUGAUUUUGAUGAAGAUGAAAUUGACAAUUGUAAUAACGUUCCGUCGCCUGCCACAUCUUGCAUAAAUUCAGUUGUUGAUGAGAAAGGUGAAACUAUUUUGCACGAACAUUCCAAUGUGGGCGACAAUGUGCCCAUAAAUGAAUUAACUCUUGUCCAAAACGAGGAUGAUGGAUUCGCUUUAGCCCCAAUUGACGCAACCAUUUAUAAGGGAUUAACAAAAGCCAAACGCAAAAGAAAACUUAUUAUUGAUGAAAUAAAAAAUAUUUCUGGAGAGGAAAUGAAAGCACAAUUAGCCGAUACUUCUGAUAUAUUAACUACUCUCGAUCUGGCCCCCCCUACAAAAAGACUGAUGUAUUGGAAAGAAACCGGAGGUGUUGAAAAACUGUUUUCCUUACCAUCAAGAUCCAUACCAGCCACCUCCUUAUUUAAUAAUUAUAAUAGACAGUUGUUUUCACAUUCAACAUUCUUUGAGGACUUUUCAAGUGUGGCUCCAAUGGAAAUUCUUGCAUUGGAAUUUUAUACCCAUGAAAACGAGAAUUCGUUAAUUAUUUUUAAUAAAAAAGGUCGCAAACGAAAGAAUGAUCUUGUAACUAAUCCCUUUUUGGACCAUGUAUCAGAUUCACUUACUCAAAGCUUAGAGGUCCCUGAAGUUUUAAGAGAAGACCAAAAAUCUAUAGGGCUAUCUGCCGUGUCUUUAAACAUUGCAACAAAAGAGCAAGAAAGUAUUGGCUGUCAAAAUGCAUCAACUCUUUUCGAUCACAUGAGAAGUCCUGAUUUAUUGUCCUUAAAUGAUAUGGAACAUUUUUCACCAAUUAAUGACCUGCCAUUAACACCAAGAAAUACGAUUAAUGACAUGGGGGAUGAUUUUAAUCAAGGAGACUCAACGCCGCCUGGAUUAGAUCACGGUCACACAACUCCGCAGCAUACGAAUAUUAGUGAGAUAGACAAUAUCCCAAAUAUACCUACAGAUCAGAUAAGCGCAAUAUUAAAUGAAUCUGAGGAACAACCUUUACUUAAUGAAAACGGCUUUUCCAAAAGGACAAAAGACUUUUCAAAAGGAUGGCACAACUAUGAAAUUCCAACCUUUGUUGUUCAGAAUCACAGUGACGAACAGAUGGAAAAUGAAACCGAUGAACAAUUUGAAGAACGUGUUUUGAAUAAAAGAGCUGCUCAACUUUUUAUCGACGUUAGAGCACAUUUCAACGUUAACGAUAAUUUAGAUCUUUCCCAACUUACAUCAGGAAACACAAGAAAACAGGCGGCUCAAAAGUUUUACUCCUUGCUUGUCUUAAAGAAAUUUAAGGUGCUUCACAUUGCUCAAUCUGCCCCCUAUGCAGAUAUUUCUAUUACUCGAGGACCCACUUUCGAAAAUCCGAAAAUCUGAAUAAAACGACUUCUGAAACUAAGAUCUGUCUUGGCUCACAUAAAUUUUAAUUUACACAUUUUUUAAUUUAUUUUAAAUAUAAGUAAAAAUACAAAUUUUGUUUUUUAUUAGUAUUAAUUUGGUGAACAAUUUCGAUUUUCAUGGCUGAAAGCAAUUUUUAGGUCAAAGUUAACAAAAAAUUUAAGGUUUGAAAAGAACUGUAGGCUUUUAAAAUUCAUUGAUUCAUUCGGCCUACAACCGCAUAUCUCUUUAUAUAACUGGUCGCGUUUUUUGUCGAUGAUUAAACUAGAGUUUCAGUCGUAAGAGCAUAAUUCCAAAACGGACGGCGUUAGUUAUCAGUUGACAAGAUUAAGUCACCAAGUGACCUCAAACAGCUCCAACACAAGAUUAAAGGAGCAAAGGAUUGGUACAUAGUAAAAACUGUUAGUUAGGUUUUGCUUAUUUCAAAGACAUGAAUCGCUUCUCCGAAACGGUGGGGAUAGAGGUUUUAUUAAUUUUCAUUUCAUUACAUAUACUAUAAAUGUACAUAAAUCGAACUCUUAUGGAAAGCUUGUGGUCAGCAGAUUAAUCUAUACAAACAACAUGCCCAUGGUAGUCAACAUGCUUAGUCAACAUGCAUGCCUUUUUAAAGAAGACCAACAUUUUAAUUUGUCCUGUGAAUUAUAAGUUAACCAAAAUUGAGGCGCUAGGAUAUAACAAAAUAAAUAAAUACCAUUUUAAACUACGAGUAACGGGUAUAAACGGCUUUUUUAAAUAAAAUUUUUCUCAGACUCGCGUCCUUAAAUUUUUUGAUCAAAAUUUCGAAAUAUUUAUGUACAAAUUGGUUUUAAUUUUAAAAGUGUGUAUGAUUUUGUAUGCUCACAUAGGAAUUUAAAACAGUUACUUUUACAGAACGCGCCCGAAUCUAUACAGUU